CGCUGAUUUCAUUUAAGCAAAGUGGUCAAUUAACUUUUAAGUUGACUUCCUGUUUACAAUAAAGAUGGGUUAUAGUUUUGAUGUCACAAAGAGAAAAAUGAUCUUGGAUAAUAACGACGUACGAGCACGAACUUUACGUCCGUGGUGCGAGUUUCGGAUUGUCAUACCCCACUCCCAACAGCCACCCGGGUCAUUACGGGGUAGGGCCCACCAAAGACGCGCUCCCCUUCCCCACUUAUUAUGGUUGAAGGUUUGAGAAAGAUUAACAGACAACGUUUGAUUAUUUUCUCUUUAUUUAGGAUCUUUGAAAUUCACCGAGAAUCGUAAAAAUCAUUCAGUACAAAAAUCCACUGCAGUUUGUGGUAGUUCAUGAUUGAGUGUCGUCUGCGCAUUCAGUUCAGAGUUUUGACACACAAUCAACACAUGCUAUAGUAAUAUUCUUUGAUUUCAUUGUGGUGAGUGUUUUUAUAAUAAUCUGAGAAGAAUUUUCAGAAACAUAAAUAUAUACUAAAGCUAGAAUGCUUAAAUUUUCAUCCGAAAAGUAUAUAAUUAUAUACAUUCACACUACACGAAACGGGGUCCAUUUAAAAAUUGACGUCUGCAGUUUUCAGGGCUGCAGUGUUUCUGUGCCGACAGAUAUCACAGCUUUGGUCUGAUAACUUAAAAAAAAAAAUUGCCACUGAAUGAUAAUGGCGCAAGUCAACAAUAAAACACUUUAUACAGGUGCCACUUCAGAGAAUAAUGAAAAGAAUGUGGGUUGGCAGAUAAUGAAAGAUGCAUGGCAGUAUAUUGGCUGGAUUGUCAUAACUGUUGCUUUUGCAAUGCUAGGCAUAAGUUUGACCAUCUACAAGUAUUUAAGACGAAAACAGGAGAGACUGAUGAUUCUGACUGGAACUUACACAGUGUUCCCGGCCUGUCAACCAGGGCUGAAAUGUGCACGCCGCAGCGGUUCCAACGACAUUGCUGAAAUAUUCCCGACAAUGUGAAAAAAAAUGCAUUUUAUUAUUUGAAAAACUCUACAUUUCAUUAAAGCUGCGCCAGAACUGCCUGAGUGAAAAUGACAGCAAAGCUCGGCCCGGAAUAACUGAUGAGGCGUCGGAAUGGGUGCAGGUUAACAAAGAUUGAAAGUGUUGCCGUAGUCUCACGGCCAACGACGGCGACUCUUCCCUUCCCAUCAGCACGAUGGUACGGACAGUGAUCAAGUGCCCCUGACCAGCCGCACCAGGCCCUGAUUGCGUCCAGAGACCUCUCGCUGCUGGCCAGGGCCUGCGAGACAUGGCCCAGAGUAAAGCGUGCGGAAAGCAGCAGCUAGCUCUUCGUAUCGCCCGUCAAAUGUUUGCCAAACAUUUGCAUGACAAAGCCGUUGAUGCUAACCAGUGUUUUUCGUGCUUAGAGAACGUCUGCGCCCCUCCGGGCCCUUCAGGGAUACGACAUCAGCUUACUGUACCUGAACAUCAGACGUGUACUGUACCUGGACAACCCUGCUACAUCCUGACGUGUCCUGUUGUACCAAGCGCAGCACGGCGGGGAAGACUUCACAGUGAACAGGAUCGGUUCUCGCUGUUGCUGACGCAGAAGGCUUCGAGCGGUUUUCUAUCUUGCCUUGCACGCCUAUUGUUAAGAUUGGGCCACGAGAACUGCCGAGAGAAGAAUUUCUCUAAAACCAGAAGAACAUUCUUCAUCGAUACGUGGUAGAUGUUUUGAAAGUUAGGUGCUACUUUUUCAGCAUUUCAUUCUGUGUAUACAGUAACACAACAACACUCGUUUCCAGUUCAUAUUUUGAAAGAUGUAUUGUAAGUCCUACCGUACGAAAAGGUCUUCCUAAGAGACAGGGAUUGUUGCUUUCUCGUUCAGUGCAGAUAGCUUUGGUGGACCAUUUAAACCCAGUUCCGUUGCAAAGACCAGUUGAAAUAUCUGUCUGCGUCUACAGAAACGUUGCUCCUACGCAGACCGCUUCCAGCGCCUCAGGAGGGGAAACUGUUUUUGAAGCUAAAUGUUUAACUGAGGAUUUACGGACCUUUACCAAGACCCAAGCAUUGUCUCCGUCGUCAGCUGUGCCAGAUUUGGCAGCUCAUUUUCGUCUAGAGUCAGCACCACAUCCCAGGGGAGAGACUUUGUCUUCCUUGACGUUGUCAUCUGGAUUUUACAAGGUCUUUCUUUCAGCCGAGACCCCGCAGGCUGCCCUUAAAGUCUCGCCAACCAACGGCUCGGGAAGUUCAAUAUUAACUACACUCACAACUUUGAGAUCAUUCACACCGUUAACAGCGUUCUGGUCACUAACCCUCACUCUGUUGCUACAUCUGCUUGCGUGUUCACUAACCCCUGUGUUCAAAACACUGAUGACAAGCCAGAGGGCAGCACGACUAGGGUGCGGAGUGAGGCCAUGGGCAAAAACCUUCUGAGCUCACUAGGGGCUCGCCUUUCUCAGCUCAAAGUGAUGUGCGGUCUGUCUGUGGACUCGACAGCUAAAGAAGAGAAGGCGAUAGCAUCAGUGCGGCGAGACCCGAUCCCCGCAACACGCUUUCUGCAGGUCUACAAGCAGCGCAAGACGAAAAAACAACUUGCCAUCGAGUUCAAGGCAAUAAGCAGAAAUCAAGAAGACCACCCAACAUCAGCCGCUUUGCGUAAUGUGUUGCUGAAUGUCAAACAGGAAGUCAUACCCUAUGAUCACAGCAGAGUGAAACUUGUCUGUUCUACACAGUUUGAAUCCCAAAGUGACUACAUCAAUGCAAGCUACAUAGAUGGCUACAGCCUUUUAAAGGAAUACAUUGCUACUCAGGGUCCCAACAGUCGGUGUCUGGCAGCAUUUUGGCAAAUGAUCUGGCAAGAGGGUGUGCGGUGUAUUGUUAUGGCUACAGGUCUCUUUGAAAAUGCAGUGCAACAAUGCGAUAAAUAUUGGAAUGACAUGAACAGCAGUCACAAGUAUGUUCGCCACGGAGACAUCCACAUCUGGAAUGAAGAUACUGUUUUCAUGGCUCAGCUAACUGUUCGAACAUUCAGAAUACAACAGGAUGGUGGCUUUGAACAACGAUUAGUGAGACAGUAUGAAAUGGUGGGCUUCCAUGAAGAAAAUCCAGAUCCAGGCCUUGUGCUGGAGGUUCAACGGCGAGUCAACUGUUACACUGCAACCUCACCUGGGCCUAUCCUUGUACAUUGUCGAUGUGGUGGUGGUCGCACAGCUGUUUUCAUUGCUGUUGAUUACUGCUUGAAACAGUUAGAGAUGGAAGAGGUUGUGGAUGUUUACAGUGCUGUGCUGCAUUUACGCCGUUUUCGCAAAAAUAUGGUUCGCUCCCCCAGUCAGUAUCAUCAAAUCUAUGAAGCAGUGACUAUGUAUCUCCAAUGUGGCCUCACUGUGUAUUCAGCAUCUGGCCUGCCUGCAGCAUAUUGUAAUUACUAUUCCACUCUAGUGGACUCUCACCUUUGCCGAUUGGACAAAGAAUUCCAGGUUUUGAAGGUGAUUGUUCCCCCUCUGAGCAUAGGAGACUGUGCUAGUGGUCACAGAGUUGAGAAUCGUAAUAAGAGUCGUGACAUUAUGAUGCUUCCACCUGAGCGAGCCAGGCCAUAUCUUAUGACCACUGAGCAAGGAGAUAAUGCUACAGAUUUCAUCAAUGCAGUUUAUGUGGAUGGUUAUCACCAAGAGAACACCUUUCUUGUCACACAAUGGCCUAAGCGCAAGACAGUCAAUGACUUGUGGCGCCUUCUGUUUGACUUCAAGAUAACGUCUCUUGUUGUACUUAAUGAAGUAAAAUUCUCAAGGAAUUAUCCUAGAUUCUGGCCAAAAUCUCUUGACUUGGAGGUUCGAUAUGGUCCAAUCAGUGUCCGCUAUCUUGGCUGUGGAAAGUAUCCAAACCUCAUUGUCCGUGCCUUUGCUAUUCACAAAUGUCCCAAGUUUGACUAUCAUGUUCCUGACUCCCUUGUCAAAGUUGCUCAUCAUACUAUGAUGCUGACUAGCAUACCAGGCUGUGAACUGCGAGAGGAUGACCUGGUCGUCAAGAUGUUUCAAGUGACAGGCGAGGAGUCAGGAAGGAAGGGCAUGAUAUCAAUGCCUUCAAAAUCUUUGAUGGCUGUCAUUCAGGGAGCUGAACACUGGCAACACAAAACCAACCCUAUGAAUCCAAUCUGUGUCCUUUCUAAGGAUGGUGCCAGCAGGUGUGGGAUCUUCUGUGCAGUGCAUAUAUGCUGUGACCAGGUCAAGUUUGACAAUGAGGUGGAUGUGUUCAAUGCUGUCAGACUAGUACGCCAUAACCGUCCUCAGCUUGUUACCAGUCUGGAGGAAUACCGUUACAUAUACUCCUUCAUGGCAGAGUUUGCAUCUUCCAUGGUUUUACGCCCUCAGAUAGUCAUUACCGGGGCAGAAGGAGAUGCCUUCCCCACAAGACGUGUACCACAAGCUCAAGAUGGACUUUCCACGGAUGAAAGUUUAUCUGCCCAUAGCAGCCAGGCAGGUAGUUAUGAAACCGCUCUUGAUGAUAUGGUAGAUACAAUUCUUCCAGGAAAUCAUGGUGUACAAGCUAGACUCAGCGCAUGCAUUGCUCAACUGUCCCCUCAUCUCUCACAUCAUCUAUACAUAUCUGACCGUUUUUCUUUCCCGUCAACGGACAGCCUUCUGUCUUCUUCUCACUUGGAUGGUGCACAAGCUGCGUGUGCAGCAGGAACCUCCAUCCCAUCACCAAAUUCCUUUGGUGCCAUCUCACUAGACUCUGUCUUUAAUCAGUCCAUAUGUAACCAUCUCCAUCACGGUGCUAGUGUCUGUAGUUCUAACAGUGAUGUAAACAUUGAAAAACAUCUAGAGCGCAAACAGACCAGUGAGAGCUUCCAUUCUGUAGGGAGCACACUACACAUAUGGCAGACAUGAAUGGCAUCAGUCUGUGUGUUGUUGGCUAUCUUCUCAAGGCUGUCUUUACAUGCAUGAAGAAGGAUAAAGAGGCCUUUGAAGAGGAUCUGCAGAGCACUAGUGUGCAUCAUGAUAUUGCACAGGACGUCUUAUUUCACAUAAUGCUCUUUGCUGUGAACAUUUGAAGAAUGAAGGUGCCUUUUUGCAUUGGCCAGUACUUUCUGAUCAUGAACUGUCAAAAGGAAGUGCAUGCCUGAUUACCAUGAGAGGCUGAUAGUUAAAAGGUUGCUUAAUUCACACAAAAAUGCUACGUACUACCAUUUUCAUGUUGUUAUCCUGAAAAUUAUUUUAAAGACAAAUGUUAAUCAAAGAUGUGGAUGUUUCCACUAAAAAUGAGGAUGAGACAAGGUGGCGAUGGUUCAAGUGCUGCAUAAGGAUGCCUGAAUGUGAGUUGUAAAAAGACAUAUUUGCCAAUAAUGAUUGUAAAGUAAAUCACUAAAUUUGUGAUAAGCUUUCUUUGUGAUAACCACCUUAACACAUUUGAGAUACUGUAUAAAGACAAAUUUUGAUGAGUACAGUAGUUGGAGCAUGCUGCAAUGCAUAGAUCAUGCAUAGAUUUUUGGGGGUUUACGCUCUGGGCAAAGGAAUCCAGGAGCACUGUGUUUUUGUGUGUGAAAGUAUAUUGGUGGCAGUGGGUAUGCAUGUACCUGUAUGUGCUUCAUGUAUGUACAUAUGUCAUCUUUAUCUAUGCUUGCUUGUAAGCAUAUACAUUGAAAUAAUGAGGCUGAAGAAAAAAAUAUGUGUGGAGAAUCAGCUAUAAUUGAAAUAAAAACUCAGGGAGAAAAGGUUUGCUCCAGAAGUUACAUUUAAACCAUUGGCUGUCGUGCAAGGUGUUAUGUUAUUUAAGACAUCAAUAAAAGCUCCUUGUGUAGAAGCAUAGUCUGGUAAUUAUAUUUAAUAACUUAAAACUUUGAUGGUUGAAUCUCUGGAAUAUCAGAUUUGUGGCUCUUAUUGCUAAUAGUCAUUAUGUCUCAUAUUAUCCACAUACCUCUCAUAGUCCCAGUUUCCUGCAUUCUGGGUCACUUUUUUGUGGUCCUUCUGUUUUUGAAGGUUCCUACUGGACUUUUGUGGAGCACAUUUUGACAGACUAAUGCCAUCACUCUCACUGUUCCCAUAGAAUACUCUCUACUAUUCCUUCGCUUGCUAUAUCCACAUUUUUCUCAAACAACAUUCCAGCAGAGUGGUUAAUGUAGAGAUAAACUAUAGGAUGUCUCAACUGGUCUUGUGGCUAGUCAACAUGGUGGGGUGCUCCAAGCUUACAUUUUUAUCAUGUUGCUGUCUUUGCAGUUGAUUUUCAUGAUGACACCAAUGUUGAUGUUAGCACAUUUUUUCACCUUCUUCAGCCUUGGGUGUUUUGUGAGGAAGAUACCUAGCACGAGUCACAUCUUCCUAAAACAUUUUGACAGCCUCACUUAACAGUGGACAUGUAAUCUUGAAAACACCUAUGUAUCUUUUUUAGUGCAUCAGUGCUGCCUAGACUUUGCUGAACAUAUGAUGGGUACAGCACCAUUCUGUAUGCCUACCUCAUAAAUUUUAUCAAGAUAUAGUUCAACUGGAGAGAGUGUGGUUACUUUCGCUUUAUGUGUCCUGGGAUAUUAGUCAUAAAAAUAGGACUUUCACUAAUAGCCACUGCAACAAUAUGUCUCAGUUACAUAACCCUUUUUGUAACUAUCUUUAAAUAAUAAAUUGCUGAAUUUAGGGACCUAUAUUUUCAAUCACCUUGUACGCUAAAUUUUAAAAAGUUAUCCAAGAUAAACAAGUUUUUGAUACUUUAAGAAAAGGAUUUAAAGAUUUCUAUGAUGAUAUAAAAUCUUUUGCCGUAAUAUUAAAUAAUAAUAAAGGUCACCUGUAUAGUGCAAUGUUCCAACUAACAGACAAGUUCACGGCACUGCACAUUGCAGUAAUUUGCAGCAAUCAGUCAAUGAUGUGAAAGGAAUGUUUACCCAUGAGCGGUUGGAGAAGGGUGAUCACUGCAGAUUAAAUGGCUUUGACACUUUGGAAAAUCUGCAAUGACAAAGAGUGACAAAGAUAACAUGAGCACACAACAUUGAUAGAACAGUUGCAUUACUUGUUUCAGAUAGCAGCAGAGCAUUUUUUGUGAUUAGAAGAUAAAUUUUUAAAUAAGACUUAUCCCAAAAGCCACUUUUGUUGGCAUCCCAUGGUAAAUGCUGCUUGUUGUCUGUAUAAGCUAAGGUAUGAUAAAUUGUCAGAAAAUUGUGGGUUUUUUAUUUUAUAAAUUAUGAACUCCAAAUUCAAAUUUUUGUCAUCUUUGGUAUAUGUAGAUUUUGAGUACAUUUCAUCACAACAAUAUAGUCGUUUCAGUAUGCUUCUUUAAUUUCAAUUUCUCUUUCAAUUUUAUAUUUGUAUCAUAUUCCUGAGGUGAAAUUCAAAUAACAUAUUUUGCAUGUCAGAUGUAUCUUAUAUCAUUCCCUUUGUCAUGACAAGGUACUAUGAAGAAGCAGCCCAUAGGUGGAAGACCUUAAAAGAUUUACAAUUCAAUAGAUUGUUUUACCAGUUGUCCAGGAAUUUGCAGCCUGAUUUGUGUUGUUCAACUGUAUGGCCUUUUAUAUUAAAUGCAGAUAAAUAUGGUGAAGUUAAAUGUUCUAUUUUCACCAUAACUGAAAAUUCCAAUAUGUAAUCAUCAAUUUCAUAGUGUUAUAGUUUUUAGUGCUUGAUUCUUCUGAUUGAAGUUUCUGUUCCUGCUUAAAUUCUUUUUGGUGACAGGUUAGCCCCAGACCUUUUGAUUUCUUUCUUCAGUUGUGCUUAGGUUGCCAGCAGUACCAUUCAAAGCACACAUGACUUACAGCAAAGUCGGAUGUACAGCAUUUUGCAUCUUCAGUUCAUUAUUUAGUACUUAGCAUUUGGAAAGGUAUUGUGAGACUUUUUCAAUUCUGCCCAUACAGCUACAAACAGGAGGUGAGUGAGACUAGAGUCUCAUGACAAUUGUGAUUUCACAAUGUCCUCUUUAACAAAUUUUAUCAAGCUGAUUCAUUGCAGUUUGUAAAAUAAAUGUCAGAAAAUGAGAGCUACUUUUGUAUCUAUUACUCAGAUAAUCAUGGAUGUUUAAUGAUGCUUAUGGUAUUUUAUGUCUGUAUAAUUAUUGUGUCAACCAGAUAAAGUUUGCCAAAGAACUUGCCUAAGAUCAUAAAGAAUAUUUCUUUAAAGAGUUUGAUAUAAUUCUAGAAAUGAUAACUUUAAGAGCUAUUUUAUGUUAAAUCUGUGAUCUGUGCAUAUAUAUUUUCGUCAUGCAGAAACUCAGUAUGUCGCAUCAAAACUAUUUCUUUUUAUGUACUUUCAGCGUAACGUUUUGCCUUUGACACAUCAAAAUCAAAACCUAUCAAUUGCAACCAUAAAUUAUUUCUUUGUACAUUUCAUGUGCACUUCACAUACAAAAUGGGUUGAAGAACACCAACCUAAUAAUAGCAUAUUAGAAUGUGUUUUCAGCUUCACAAUGUUUGUUUUUGUUUUGAUAUUGCCAAGUAGUGUCAGUCCAGAAAAGAGAUAAUCUGCACGAACUUUACAUAAUCUUUGUGCAAAAAUGCAAUGUUGCUCAUAGGUUUACAUUUAAUUGUUUUAAAGACAUUUUAAUUCUACAUUAAUUGGUAUCUUUAUUUUUGUAAUUAUAAGUUCCAUAAAAGUACUGCUUUAAACUUAUUUACUGUUCAGUCAGAUUGCGUUUUCUAUGCACUAAUGGCAUGGUAUAUGCACAAGAUUUGCCCUUUUGGUAAUUUGUGUCUGUUUUCACGUCUCCAGAACGGUGAAAUUUGAGACAAUAAAGGUAUUAUAUUUUCUUGCUA